AAAUUUGGGCAUCUCUUUGUGCACAGCUCAUCGUUCGGAGGAUUCGAAUAUUAUUAAAAGGAACCCAGAAAAUGGUCAACGAACUGAAUAGGCCUCAAAAUGGGGACAAUGCCGCCUUGAGCGAGCGCCUAGCUGCCUCCAACAGACAGCUGCAAGAGAUGCAGGAGGAGCACCGCCAGUUGCUUGAGGAGAUGGAGACACUACGCUUGCGAGCCGCUGAGCUGACCCUUCUGAAUGCGCAGCGCCGACAAGUGCGCCAGUCCACCGAGGAGGAGGAGGUUCAGUCCCAUGUUGAGUCCUCAUCGGAGACAGUAACAGUUGCUUCAUCCGCCAGUGCUUCUGGAGACUCCACCAACCGGGAAGAGGCACCAUCUGUUGAAGAGGAGGGCGAGGAGGACAAAGAGGAGCAGGCCAGUUAUCUGCAGGCGAAGCUAAACGAGAUCGCCAACCUGAAGGCGCAGUUUAAGCGCGUGCAGAACAUGGUGGACACCACCAAGAUGAUCGAGGAGCACAUGUCCUCCAGGCAAACGGUGCAGGUGCAGAGCUCCACCUCCGUUCAGACCAGCAGGCAGACCACCUCGUCAGAAGUCCGAGUGGCCAGCGAGGCCGUAGAGAGUGCCCAAGAAGAGGAGAAUCCAUCGACCUCGUCGAGUGCUCCCGACAACGCCGAGCUCCUGAAUUCCAUGCUCAACAUGUUCACGGACUUCACCAGUGAUCUACGUGGUCAAGCGGAGGGACUCCGUGCGGAGCGGGAUCGGAUUAGGGCGCUCAAGGAGGACAUCAUCCAGCGCAAGCAGGGAAAGUAGGCACGUCCAGACUUAAAAGGGGCACUGGUUCUAGUCAUAUAAUGUGUAUUAUCCAAGGAACAUAUUAUCAAGUAAUCUCCAAAUAAAUAAUUAUCCUUAAAAGAUAU